UCCAUCUCCUCGCUCAGCUUCAGUCUUCUGUCGUCGUCCUCCCCAUCUCACAUCUGCAUCGCGCCGCCCCUCCUCCCAAUCCCGUCCGGCGCCGCCGCACCCCACACCCGCUGCUGCCCCCACUCCUCUAGUGCCAUCGUCCAGCCACUCCAGCGCCGCCUCCCUCCCCAUCGACCAGCGCCUCACUGCCCGUCCAGCGCCGCCACCACGCCUCCAACGCCAGUCUCCCACCCCACCGAGCGCCGAGCCCUCGCCAUCCAGCACCGCCCACCUCCCCAUCAAGCGCCGCCGAGAUUCCGGGAGAGACCCCCGCCGCGAUGCCGAGAAGGUGGCAGGUCUGGGGCCGGCCCGACAGUAGCCAAGUCUGGGUCCCCGCCCCCGCCCCCGACGCGCCGCCCCCGCCGCCGCCCGCCGCGGCCCCGCCUCUUCCUCCGCCGGGGCACGCCGCUUCAUUCGAGGACGCGCCGGUCAAAGACUUGACUGGCCCCUCUCCUGCGUCGUCGUUUCUCCGAUCCGAAACCCUAGGCCGGGGCGCUGCCGACGGAUGCCGCGUCGAGUCCAUCGCCGACCUCCUCGUCCAAGCUGAGGAACCUCCUGUGGGCUACUUCCAAGCAUGAUGUGUACGUGAUGCAGAACUAUUCUGUGAGGCACUGGUGGUCCUUACUCCGGAGAGGAAAAGAAGUGCUCAACGUGGCAUGCCCAAAUCAGGAUAUGCAGGGAGGUCGGCCCUUGUACAGGGUGAAGAUCAGCACCAUGACGGUGAAAGACAACCUCCUGGCGGCUGGUGGUUUCCAUGGGGAGCUGAUCUGCAAUGCAUCCCACCGCCGAUCCAUAUCCAGAUCAGCUGCGUCGUCGGUUCCGCACACAGGCCAAGGGAAAUGACUACCGUUCCAGGGUCUCCGGUCUGGGAGCUCGUGAAGAAGAACAACUACUUCUUGAUCAAGCAGUUCGGCAACAGCAACACCAAGGUGCAGUUCAGCAAGGAGCCCAACAACCUCUACAAUAUCCAGUCCUACAAGUUCUCGGGCUUGGCGAACAGCAAGACUGUGGCGGUCCAGCCAUCAGCGGGAGAGGACAAGGCUGUUGUCCUGUCCAUGACCAAGACCAAGAAGCAGAACACCCCUGCCAAGCUCCAGCACAAGACUCUGAUGCGCAAGGAGUUCCGCAAGAUGGCCAAGUCUGUCAAGAACCAGGUAUUAACUCCAGAGUUUUGUACUUGAAUUGCCCUUAUGCUUGGCUUCUAAGCUACAACUGUAAGUCACGGCUUGUCUCUGCUUCCUCCUUGAGUUCAGAUUUGUGGCAUGGCAUGCUUGAUUUUUUGGUGGACUUGUGUCCCUGAUGAUGCACCGUUGUUGCACUGCCAACCAUCAGAUGCAGUAGCUGCUCCUGCUUGCUACUCCGCUGCCGCCACUCGUUGUUUUGCUACUGCUCCUGCUAAUUAGGCACUGCUGCUGCUCCUAAGCACUGCUCGUAGAUGCUGCUACUUGCCGCUGUUGAUUCCUCCUACAGCCUGGCAUCUGCCAUUGUAACUUCAUGCUGAUGUAACAUGUGAAUCUGUUGGUCCUGCUUAUUGUCUUUAAAGAAGUCAAUGUACCUACCUUAUUUUGUGCUCUGUUAUUAUCUUUGAUCAGUAUCAGUUGUGUCUCUUAGAGAGACACUCCUACCUUUUCUGACUUGAGUUGUUAACUAUUGUUCCAUACUUCUGUUAGCUACAAUAAAAAAAUCUUUGAAUUUGGUAUUGCAUGAGUUUUUACUACUGCUUACACAGAGAGUAUUUGCUACUACUAAAACAGCGAUUUUGUAUGCACUGCUACCUGAUGAGUGCUUUCUUUGUAAUAUUUCACCUUGGCAUGCAUAUGUUUGUUCUGUUUGAACUUUGCAUGACAUGACAUAAUUAUUUCCAGUGUUUUUCUCAACUUAUUUUCAUUGACACUUGAUAUAUACUUAGCUUGUACUCCCUCCGUUCCGAGUUACUUGUCUUGGAUUUAUCUAGAUACAUCCGUAUCUAGAUUCAUUUUAGUGCUAGAUACAUCCGUAUCUAGACAAAUCUAAGACAAGUAAUUCAGAACGGAGGGAGUACUUGAAGCCGUGGGUUAAUGUGGUGAUUUUGUUCUACUUGGAUGCAUUGGUACCCCCAUAAUCGAGUGCAUGGAUGCAAUGGCAAGAAGAUCAUGGCUGUGCGCAUCAUCAAGCACACCACGGAGAUAAUCGACCUCCUCACCGAUGGUGAAGGUUUUCAAAUGUUGAAGGAGGACAAUAGGAACUUCUGUGAUGUAUUGUCAUCUAUUUUCUUUUCUUUGAUGUAGAAUAGUUUUGUUUGGCACUUACUGGUUCCUUGGACAUAAAGAUAUGUAUUGCUAGAAUGAAUGCAUGUAAAGAUAUUUUGGGCUCCUAUAAUAUUCCAUGUUGCUUUGAAAAUGUAUCGGAACUGGGCUAGGCCCAAGAUAACUUGUAGUGUGAUGUGUUGUAAUGUCAAUGGCAUAAUAAAAGAAGUUGGAUUGGAUCAA